AUGGCAGAAGUCAAAAAAUCCAAAAGCUUUAUGGCAGAAAAUACCUUUGCAAAUAGUAACGGUAAUAAUAUUACUAGUCUACAAUCACAAAGUUCAUUAUCGCGGGGAAAAUCUGUAGUUGGUCCGCGACCAUUGCCUACUUCCACAAGUUCAAACUCAAAGAGAAUAGAUAGUAGCAGUAGUACGAUCGCUAAUAUUGAUAGUAAUAGUGUCAAUCAUAGUAGCGAACAGUAUCAAAAUAUGCAGUACACUACUACCACAACCACCACAAUCACGCCACAUAUUAUUACUAAUACUUUUGAACAAUCAAGAUCUGGUAAUCCAGAUGCCGCCUCAACUUUUCCAAAACUCGUAUCCCCUAAACCACAUAAACCUUUGCCAACUGUACAGAACGACAUUACUCGUGCAUUAGAAAAUCAAACACCGCAACAACAAACUGAUCAAAAUCAAAAUAAUAAUAGCACUAAUGAUGCACGAUAUCCUUCUUCGGAUACUGAAAGCUGGUACGCAGGAGACGAAAAAAAUCUAUCUCAGCAGCAACAAGGAUAUUUUCCACCGCAACAACCUCAACCACAACAAGCACAAAGCUGGACUAUUAAUAGCAUGCAAGGACCACCACCUACACAAAUACAAUACCCUUCACCUUAUAAUCAACCAGGUCGUGCAUCAGAAGAGAUAACGCGAACAACAUCGAUGUCGAUGUCACAUUCUGAACAAAAAAAAGGGCACUCAAGUGCCCCAACUUCACCAAUCCCGCCGACUUUAACUAUACAAGAAUAUCAUCAAUAUAAUAAUAGUGAGAGAGGAGGUGGUCCAAUUCUGUCUCAUUCUCAAUCGUGGAACAAUAUGGCUGGUGCUGGUGUUAGUGAUACACAUCGUCAGCAACCAGUCUUAACAGUGAAAACAGAUCCAUUGACACUUAAUGUUAAUAAUCAUAAUAAUGGACAAUUCUUAGGGCAAGGUCAAUAUAUUCAACCAAAUGGUGUUUAUCCACCAAAUAAUCAAAGUUCUUGGAAUGCACCUCUACUAAAUGGACAACAAUAUAAUCAAUACCAAAAUGGACGUCCAAUAUCUUAUGGUUCAGGAGGAAUACCAUCGCAACAACCUUCACCCAAUUAUUUCCUGCGUAAUUCUUCUCCAUUGGGUUAUGCGCGUCAACCUUCUCCAGUACAAUUCGGCCCUGACGGCUUACCUCUACCUUCGAAUCGACAAAGCUUUUAUGGACCUGGAAGAUCUCCAAGUCCCAAUUUUGAUAAUAAUCGUUUAUCUUUAGCACCUAGAUCUCCAAGUCCCAAUUUUGAUAAUAAUCGUUUAUCUUUAGCACCUAGAUCUCCAAAUACCAGUAAUCUCCGUUUACUUAUCGAUGACAAACAUGCAAAACGUAUGACAUUUACUUCUUAUACACUCGCCAGUGACACUACAGCGCUUCAAAAGUACCGUGAAGCAGCUACAAAGACAAAUGAUCCGGCCGUCCAAGUAGAUUAUGCAAAAUUCCUGAUCGGAAUGACGGGCUUUUAUAUUGCGACCAAUGUCAAUCAGGACCUCGAUCAAAACAAAACAGACACGCAUACGAAACUUGUUAAUGAGGCUGUUUAUUGGAUUGAUAAACUCGCGAGAAAUAAUCAGCCGGAAGCCAUGUACAUUAAGGGCACUUGGUAUGAAUACGGGAAAUUUACAAAAGAGCAAAAUCAGGAAAAAGCUUUAAAGUAUUACAUGCCGGCGUCGAAGCAAGAUCAUGCAAAAGCUAAUACUAAAAUUGGUGAACAUUAUGAACGGCAAAGAAAUUUUGGUCGUGCAUUUUCGUUCCUUCAGAAAGCCGCAUCUUUAGGUGAUGUUACUGCAUUAUAUCGACUAGCAUUAAUAUAUAUGCUAGGUGACAUGAAACAAGAGAUUAACCACAAACAAGCACUGAUUUACCUAAAACAAGCAGCCAGCAAAGCAGACGAAGACUGUCCCGAAGGCGCAUUCGUCUACGGAAUGAUUCUCGCCAAAGACUAUCAUGCAGCCAACGUGCCCGACGAACUAGUUGUACCCGACGAACGCGAAGCCAUAGAUUUGAUCCAAAAAGCCGCAAACUUAGGCUACGCACCCGCCCUCUACAAAAUGGGUGUCUGUUACGAAUACGCGACACUCGGUUGCCCAUUCGACCCGGAACUUUCCGUCUCGUAUUAUCAACGUGCCGCCGAUAAAGGCUACGUAGAAGCUGAUAUGGCGCUGAGUAAGUGGUAUUUGUGUGGCGCUGAGGGAUAUUUCGAUCAAAAUGAGGCGUUGGCGUAUAUUUAUGCUGAGAAGGCUGCAAAGAAGGGAUUGGCGGCUGCCGAGUUUGCGAUGGGGUAUUUUCACGAAGUGGGGAUUAAUACGCACGUGGAUCCUAAAAUUGCUCAUGAAUGGUAUUCAAAGGCUGCUGUACAUGGUAACCAAGAUGCCAAGGAAAGAUUAUCACGUGGCGGAACAAUAACACGCCAGGAGCACGAAGAUACUGUUCAAACAAAGUUAAAGAAACAACGAAAAUCAGAUAAGGAUAAAGAUUGUGUUAUUCAGUAA